UUUAAAUCACGUGAUCUUUGAAUUUAGCCUAAGGACGAAAUUUGAAAUGAGUUGAAGCACUGUUGUAUGUACGAGUUUGCGUUUGCAGUAAUUUGCACAGAGGGAGAAAAACUUCAAGCUUUUGCGCCGUGAGUUUGAAAUAUAACCAAAUACAACCGCUGGUUUUCUGUCGAUGAUGGAUUCGAUAGCCGAUGAUGAUUUUUGCUCAUUGGCUGAAGAGAAGUUUGAUUUUGAGGUUUCACUGUCACCAGCCAGUUCUAAAGGAGAUGAUGUUGAAGAUGAAGUCUUUUUGGGUCCAAUUACACAUAAGGAGAAAUGCAUUUCCCAUGGGGUUGAUACCCAAGCGAAAGACAGUGUGAGCAGCGGACCAUCUUUGGGUGAGGAGCCCAGUUGGAGCCCUCUGCUUGAAGAGAACUUUGAGGAAAUUCGCAAAGAAGCUCAUCUUUUAGCCACCCACCUUGAGAGAACUUUGCCUGAGCCUGUUGCAAAAGACUUUACAGCUGCUUCCAGUGUGCCUGAAGAUUCAGAAAAGUUUGAGAUGGAUGCUUCAGCCAAACUGGGCAUGUUCAAACCAGUUAAUAAACUUAGCCCUAUUAAAAGAGAAACAUUUUGUGUUCAGGACAGCCCUAUGAAACAGCUUCCACCUGCCAUCCAGAAACGCCUGCAGAAGUCUUGCAGUAUACCUGGAGGCAAACCUCGUGUCAGCACCUCCAGUCCUUUAAGAACUACUGACACUCAACCUAAACUGGUCCCAAGAGGGAAAAGCCUUGGGCCCACUAGCAGAAUACUACCUAACAAACCCACAACUAUGGGGAGCUCUCGACUUUCCUCUGGCACUCGAACAGCACUUCCUAACAAAAAUCGUCUUCCACCACCCAGCAAAAGUUGUUUUGGCUUAAAGCGGAGUCCUGGUAAUAGAGUCACAAGCAGAACGGGCUCUGCUGAAGACUUGCUCUCUGAUACAGCAAGUGUAGCCUCUGAUGUGAGUGAUUCUUCAUUCAACACAAGCCUGCCCAUAAAGAGAGGCCUUCCAGCCCCCAGCAAGCCUGAAUUAAGAGGGGGUGCAACUCUUUGUAAAGUACCUGCACUAACCAAAAGGAAAGUGGUGGACCGAAGCCGAAAUACUUCCUCCUCUUCAUCGUCUGUGUCUAGUAUCAAUUCAAGCCUUUCUGUCUCUCCAACAGGCAAACUGAAUUCUUCCCUGAACACCAGUGUUAGUAGCAUCAGUGGCCGCAUUCCCAGCAGUAGCAGCAGGCUUCCUGGUUCCAAUCGAAAGUCAGGAAUCAUCUGCAAAUCUCGGGAAUCCUCUGCUGGACGAACUGCAUCCUUCUCCACACAGGGAAGGAAAGGAUCUGAGCCUGUUCCUAGACCAGUCAAGGCCACACCUAUUAGAAAAACAGAGACUGGACCUUCUGUUCAGCACCAAACACCAGCUAAGGGCAGUAUGGAAAGGACCACCUCAGUGCCCAAUAUAUCUACACUUGCUGCUAAGACUGGAAGCACUGUUAAGAUGAACUUUCAAUUGAAGGCUUCCAUGGCACCGACUCCAACAAACAUACUCAAAGGACUACAAAGAUCUGAAUUUGCGUCAUCACCUGAUGUUUCUCGAAUUAUGAAACCAAAAAGACUGAUGUCCGCUUGCAGUGUGGACAGCAGUGUUCCACAAAGACUUGCUCUACCUAUACCUCAUGGCCUCCAGACACCUUCAAGUGCAGCUGAGAAGCCAUUGCAGUCUAAACUGCGGCGCCCAUCUGCGUUGCCUACACCUGUGAACCGCCGUGUGUCUGGCAUUCCCAUGCUGACACCCAAGAGCAUACCUCGCCUCAACAAAGCCUCCUGGAACCCCGAGCCACAGUCACCAGGUUCUAGCUCAGAGAUUAGUCAUGUUAGCCCAGGUCACUUGAAACAGAGUGAUCAGCAGCAAGUUGUCAAGCAGGAAGUGCCUAAGGAGGACUCCUCUGCUCUGACUGAGCUUCAGCCCUGCUCCCUGGUCUUUAACCUGGAAGAUGUUGUUGAUGGACCCACUGCUUGUGAGCCUGCAGCAGUGAAGUCCCCAGUUGAUCCAGAGUUCCAUUUGACCAACCCAGAGGGUCCAUGUCCAUCACAUUCAGAAUUCAAGGAGAUUUUGCACAACCAGUUAAAGAAAACCAUAACAAAGGAGGUCUUACUGGUGGAUGCACCUGCUCCUAUUUUGAAAUCUGAAGAGAAGGUGCUCAUUGAUCUAUCCAACACCCCUGAUCUGAUCAAAACCAUUCCCAGUAAGGGUUUUGGUGGACAGCUGAUUGAUUUGAGCUCACCUCUAAUCAAGUGGAGUCCAGAAAGAAAGACUGAAAAUCCUGUGACUGAGGCUCCUCCACUCAUUAACUUGUCUUUCUGAUGAAUCUGCAAUGCAAAUUGAAAUAAUCCAAGAAAAUAAAUCUACUGAUAGAGACUUUGUCAUAUGGAAAACGGUGUGAGGAUGGGUAUCAAGACUCUAAUAAUAAUAAUAAUAGGCAUUUUAUUGUGCGGUUGAUUGUACGUGAUUGUUUUAUUAUGCUGGAACAUGUCCAUGUGUUUAGAGUAAUUUACUUUUGCAUGUUUGUCUUUUGUUAGUCUGUUUUUGUUGUUUUCUCUUCCCCAUAUGGUCCAAAUAAAAUAUCUAAAAUAUAAA